AUGUUGUGGUCGAAGCAUAAGGACUUCACAACGUGUGUGGCGUUUAGGAACGAUGGGAAGCUUAUUGCGGCUGGAGACGGAUCGGGAAGGAUCAACGUUUACGACCUUACGGCCACGAGGAAUAUAUUGCGAAGAUUUAGAGGAGGGCAUGAGGGAGCGGCCAACUCAGUGUGCUUUGCUUCUCAUGAUCGAACGCUCGUCUAUAGCGCGGGAAAGGACGGCAAAAUCAUCCAAUGGUCAUUAUCUUCGGACACAAGGACAGCUUCGGAAGGUGGCAGUCUCAUUGGCAAGCACGAUGACGCUGUUCAAGUCGUCUUUGCCACUACUGCUGGCUCCAUCAUAACGGCAGGUUAUGACGGUUUCGUCCACGUAUGGAAGCCUAUAGACUCUGAAGAGGAGGAGCAGGACGUCGACAUGGAAACUGGAGAGGAUAAGGUUCCCGAGCCGGUUAGCAGCUACGCCCAUGGGAGUCCAAUUGAUGCUGCAUGCCUAUCUCGAAACCAAACGUUGUUGUAUGUGGCUGGUGGGGGAUUCGUGUCGACCAUUGAUCUGAUUGCUGGAAAGGUCGUCCAGAAGAGUCCACUUGGGCAUAGCAAGGCGGUGACGGGCAUGUGCGUGAAUGCGAAGGGGGAUGUCGUCACUGGCAGUCUAGAUGGCACUGUCAAGGUGUGGGAUACGGCGGGGCUGGGUGAUGACAACGACGAGGAGGAGGAGCAGGGGAAGGGGUGGAAGCUCCUCCAUAC